CCGGUGGGGCUGCUGUCAGGUGGACGCUGGGAGAAGGUGUGAGCGCGGCGGCCGUCACGUGUGCUCUCCUGCUCCCCAGCCUCGGCUCGAGGCUCGCGUUCGACGCCCCCGGCGUUGCUGAUGAACACACACGCGUACAUACGCUGCUUGCUUCGCGGUGUUUGUGCAUCUUAUUGGCUGACUGGUUCGUCCUCCCCUGCAAUACUAAUUACUCUCCUGAACAUGAUCAUCCCACCAGCCCCCUCCUCACUAUCAGGCUGUCUGUGGAGGGAGGUGUGGCAAAGAUCAUGUAAAUAAAUGCGGCCCCUCCUCCUCUUUCUCCUCUGACUCCACGCAUUUCUGCGUUUCUGCCUUCUCCCCUUCAUGUCUUCGCCUUUGCGCUGCAGCACCGACUCACAGAGGGAGUCUGGUUUCCUUUCAUCAUUUGAGGAUGUGUGUGUGUGUGAGGGGGGGUGGGGGGUGGUGAGGCAGUGGAGGGUGACAGAGAGCGGAGCCCCUCGCCAGCAGCAUCCGUCUCCUCGUAGGCUUCAACCUUUAGAACCCGUGUGACAGCAGCUUAACCGGAGGCUAGACUUCGUCACGCUCCCUCCCCCGCACCCCCCCCUCACCGUCCCUCCUCCUCCUCGCUCUCACCCCUUCCCACUUCCACGCACCCUCUGCCCCCUCCCCCCCGCGAACGACUCCUCACCACUCACUUCGUAGCUUGCGAGACUGGAGGCAGCCUCGUGAGUGGAGGGAGAGAGCGAGCGAGAGAGAGAGAGAGAGAGAGGAGAGAGAGGCUUUCCCAGAAUAGAGAAUCAGGAGGAGGUGAGAGGGAUGAUGAUGGAAGCCAGCUUUGACACUGAGGAGAGUUUUGACGAUCCCUCCUGUCUCGCCCCGCAGCCGCCUGGCUCUGUUUCGCCGGCCAAGAGGCAGAUCAAGGAGGUCAAGGAGACCAAGACCACGAUCAACUGUGUGACGUUCCCUCUGCCUGGAGAAGGGCCUGAGCAGCAGCUCUUGAAGCCAAACGAAUGGAGCUACUGCGACUAUUUCUGGGCCGACAAGAAGGAUCCCCAGGGGACCACUUCGGUGGCGGGCUUCGAGGUGCUUCUGCAGAAGCAGCUGAAGGGCAAACAGAUGCAGAAGGAGAUGGCUGAGUUCGUCCACGAGAGGAUAAAGAUUGAGGAGGAAUAUGCCAAGAACCUCUCCAAGCUGUCUCUCAGCCCCCUGGCGGCACAGGAGGAAGGGACUCUUGGAGAAGCCUGGACUCAGCUGAAGAAGAGUCUCCACGAUGAGGCUGAGGUUCACCUCAAGUUCUCCAACAAGCUCCACUCGGAGGUGGAGAAGCCCCUGCUCACGUUCAGAGGCGACAACUUCAAGAAGGACCUGAAGAAGUACGAUCAUCACAUCGCCGACCUCAGGAAGCAGCUGGCCAGUCGCUACGCAAGUGUGGAGAAGGCCCGCAAAGCCCUGGCAGACAGACAGAAGGAUCUGGAGGUGAAGACCCAGCAGCUGGAGAUCAAGCUCAGCAACAAGACAGAGGAGGACAUCAAGAAGGCCCGACGGAAAUCCACACAAGCAGGAGACGACCUGAUGCGCUGUGUGGACCUGUACAAUCAAACCCAGUCCAAGUGGUUUGAGGAGAUGGUCACCACCAGCAUGGAGCUGGAGAAGCUGGAGGUUGAACGGAUCGAGUGGAUUCAGCAGCAUCUGCGCCAGUACACGACCCUGCGGCACGAGACCGACAUGUUCAACCAGAGUACGGCGGAACCAGUCGACCAGCUGCUGCAGAACGUGGAUCCGGCCAAAGACAGAGAGCUGUGGGUGAAGGAGAACAAAACCAGCGAGGUCCGGCCGGUGGAUAUGGACAUCUAGGUUAUCCUGAGCUGGGAUCAGCUGACCUGUCCCCAGAACACUGGGGUCUUCUACUGUAUAACAACACUGAUCCAGGGCCAGUGCAUGUUCGGAUGACAGAGGUCUGUUCCCUGACUGGAAGAACAGGAAGAAAGGUCCAGAAUACAGUAACGGAUGGCAGUACCAGCAUGUUCUGAAGUCACACCCUGUCAUAACCAAUAUUAGCUUACUGAAUGCCAUUUAACACAUUCUGCUGUUUACCUGUUGUACAGUUGACACUAAAAAAUUAUAUGUGUUUUAAAUUGUUUGAUUUAGCUUCAACUAACUCCUAAACAGUUUCAGUAAGCCAAACAAAAAACUUUGAUUACUGAUAUUACCUUUAUUUUAGAUACUGAAACAUAUCAAAGUCCUGGAUAUGGAUAUUAUAUAUUUUCAUAUUUUGCUGGUUCAUGUUGGUGGAAGUUGCAUGUUUUAAAUAUCUGCUGUUUUUGCUAUGUUUCAUUGAAUCCACUCAAGGUUUUCUUUACCUUGUAUGACAGGAAUUGAGAAAAAAAAUAGACGUUGUGUGUUUUACUGCAUUUACAAUCCAGUAACCUCAGUUGUUAAAACCGCACACAUACUGUACAGGAAUGUGAUGUUCAUUACGCUCGCCGCAUAUGAGGUGGAUCAGAUGAGGUCAGGGUCUGUUUUGGACCGGUCUAGGGGAAAAAGGUGGUCCAAGUUACACUGAAACACCUUUUAGUGCCUAAUGGUUAUAUACCUGGAAUGUCCUUGAUAUACUCUACUCUGUAUCAGUGUACAUUUGUACAGACAGGCUACACGUAUUUUACUGUCAGAUGUUUAACGCGACCCAGAUGUUUGGACCAAUGAGGUGUUUGUACUGUAGAACAGUGUUGAUUUCUUUGGUAAAUGUACAGAGAGUUUCUUCAUGAUGACGAUCAGUCAAAGGGAGCAACGUGGAAUACACCAAACUACACACAAAAUACUGCAUUUCUCAUAUGGUUCACUUAUCAGAGCUGAUGGGUCAGUUGCCAGAAUGCAAAUCCUGUACGUUUUAGCAAAUGGCUGCAUGUUCAGUGUGUCUGUGUUUAUGUGUUCGUCUUUGUCUUUAUCUGCUCUAGAUUAUUUGGAUUGACGCCUUCUGUGUCUGUUUAUUUCUAUUCCCCAAGCCGACAAAGAUUCAGGUCCAUCGUCCAGGCACCAGAACAAAAAAAUAAAGGAUGAACAGCCUGAUCAUCAAUGCAAAGGUCCUUGUUAUCCAUUGACUUAGUUCAUUUCUACCUGUGCAGAUGUGUUUCGCACCCAAGUGGCUUCAUGCAGGUCCUAAAUAGUUUAUAUCUGUUGUAGAGGUUUGAUCAGUGUUUGUCAAUGUUGUGCAUUAAAUGUAGUUGUUAUGUUCCAACUAAAUGUUCUCGACAGGAAUUGAUGACUCCAUCAUGACAUAACGUUGAGUUAUGCCCUUCUGUGGUGAACAUUCUCAUAACGUGCAUUAAACCCGAUGUUCCUGAUGUUCAAAGAAUGUUUGCUCAUAGGUGACCUCUGUCCAGACGGUGUACUGUGGAAUGCAGUGUCGAAAAUAAAUCUCUUUGAAAAUUAA